AUGGGGCGUGCAAAAUUAAGGAUGGAAUUCAUAACGAAUGAGAAAGCCCGAAAUAGAGAUUUUGAGGGAAAAACAACCGAUUUCAGUACCCUUUGUGAUGUUGAUACAGUUAUGAUCAUGUACCCUCCCAAUAAUUCUAACAAGCCUGAUAUUUGGCCUAAUAACGACCAUAAUAAAACCAUGAAUACCAUCACCUCUUACAAGUCAAAAAAGGGUGAUCAAACAAGGAUAAGAACUUAUAAUCUUAUCGACUUUUUUAAAGAUCGCCAGAGAAAGAUCGAAGACGCGCUUCUUAAGGCCAGAAUAAAGAACAUGGAAGCCAAGUACCCAACGUGGUUCGAUAAGUUAGAUGGUUUGAACAUAUGUGAAUUGACACAAUUUGCCAUGUGGUUGCAAAAUAAAGAGAAAAUAGUCAUGGCUCAUCUUGAUCUCAUGAAAAGAAACAACAACAUGACCAUUAUUCAACAGCCCUUCAUGUUUAGCUUUGAUAACCGACCUGCAGCCUAUGUUUCAUUAUGA